GAAAGCGACGAUGACAAAGAUGCCAAAGAUAACGGUGACAUGGACGAAGAGGAUGAUCCUAGGGAGCUGGUUACGACAGACAAGAAUCAAAAUGUACUCCCAAUUAACCAACGCAGCGCUGUGCGCAAGAGACAGGCGCCAUCCAGACUUAAUCUUGAAGCAACACAAAUUAAUGUUUAUGAGGAUUUGACAACAAGUAAAAAAGCUAAGCCAAGUAGUAAACAACAGAAGGAAAUUAUGAGCAUAGCCCACAAGACAGCUUCUGAUCGCAUACUAUCUCUUGACCAAUUAAAUGACUCCUUUGAUGAUGCAACAACUGAAAAUGACGUAAAAGGGCAUAGUUCACCGCAAGGGAAGGACAUGUUGGAUUCAACCUUGGCAAAAAUACUGGUUGAAUGCACCAACACUCCUUUGGGCAAGCAAAGCCCUGUUUCAGUGGGACGGAAAGACAACAGUUUAAAAAGAGCUGAUUGUGGCAGCAGUUGCUGUCAAGAAAAAGAUGCUAUUAUUGGCGAACUCAAGUUGGAAAUCAAAUUUCAAAAAGAUCUCAAUAAGACGUUAUCAAUGCAGACGACUGUUUUGACUGACGUGAGGAAGUUGUUAUUGAAGUUCAGUAGCCAGCAACUAAUAUCUACACCUAGCCAGCAACUAGCUCCACCUAGUACGUCUAACAGCGGCAACUUUUUAAAUUAUGCCAACCAGUCAAGCACAUCAGGCGAUUUGACGGGCCAUCCGAAAUUUGUUGGGGGAAACUGUGCUCAGAUGCCAAACUCAGAAAUGUCAGAUAAGAUUGGCAGCGACUCAUUGGGAGAUACGUUAUCCACGAUCGAGGAUGAAAGUGAUGGCCAACUUUACGAUCACAAAAGUUUUCCGAUACCUGAAACUGUAAUGCGUAGGCUGUUGAAGGGUCCCGUCACCCACUUUGUUUCGCACUUGAUGGACAAGUUGUACACGGAUCAGUACCUAGCGACCCAUAAAAUGACCGAUAUGGGAGGUAGCGGCGUGGGAAGCAAAAGACUUGCCAUGAACAAACAUGAGCUUCAACAUAUAAUUGAUAGAGUUCUAGAUUGCGGAUUGGUUAACCUGGAUGGGUCUUUAGUAAAUGAAAAAAUGGUAAAAAAUGCAAUCUCUCGCAAAUUCAAUAAUUCUCGUGCUAAGUAG